CUAAAGCGCCGGGCCGCAGCCACCCGCCGCCACACUUUCACUCUUCCACCGCUUCUCCGCCGGCUCCGCGUCCCGGGUGCGCCCUCCGCCCGCGCCAUGGACCCCAAGGUCAUCACCGUGCUGGCCCUGGUGCUGGCCGCGCUCUGCCUCAGCGAUGGAAAACCUGUCAGCCUGAGCUACAGAUGCCCAUGUCGAUUCUUCGAGAGCCAUGUUGCCAGAGCAAAUGUCAAGCAUCUCAAAAUCCUCAACACUCCAAACUGCGCCCUUCAGAUUGUGGCACGGCUGAAGAGCAACAACCGGCAGGUGUGCAUUGACCCCAAGUUAAAGUGGAUUCAAGAAUACCUGGAGAAAGCUCUAAACAAGGGGCGCAGAGAAGAAAAAGUGGGGAAAAAAGAAAAGAUAGGAAAAAAGAAGCGACAGAAGAAGAGAAAGGCUGCCCAGAAAAGGAAAAAUUAGUUAUCUGCUUCCCGGAGACAAAAUGGACUGCAGUGCCCGAGCUCUCACGCUUUGUAAAUUCGCUCAGUGCCCCUCCUCCCAGGGCAGACCUGCACCCAGGGCAGACCCACCGCCCAGGGUGAGCGCUCAGACUUCCCUGGGCAGCAGUGCUUUCCCUCCGUGGUGGCCACAUCGCCUCCUCUAUUUAUGUGCAUUUAAAGGCCCCUUUUCUUGGUCUGCUAAGUGAUGAAGAAAGGUGCUCAGAGACUGGGUGGACACUGGGACAGGAGCCUUUGUGCAUCCAGGACCUUCCUAGCAUGACUGACAGUCUCCAGCAUCAUCCUGAGCUCAGCGCCCCCUCCCGAAGCUUCCAUAGCUCCUGGGAAAGGAAGCCUGCAUUCCAGGUCCUGGCCUGUUUACCAGCCUGGCCUGCAGCGCCUUUGGGGAAAGGCCUUGUGUCUUCUGCCUCCCUUCCCCACAGGUCCUGGCCCUCUCAAGGCCGGUGAUUGACUUGCUCCUAGGUCCUGUUCUGCUUCUCCCCCAGUACCUGUUACCUGGCCCUCUGCCUGGCUAUUUCCUGUAGAGGGACGUAUCUGCCCCUCAAGGCUACUCCCGAAGCCUGGCUGGGGUGUGUGCAGAUGCAGAGGCGUGGGCCAAGCAGGAAGAGAGGCUACACUGGCCAGAGAACAGGUGGGAAAUGUUUCUCAGGGAGCCUGCUCUUCAGGCAACCACCGUGUGUCUUUCCAUGGGGCCUCCUGCAUGGAGUACAGCUGUGCACAGAUGGGAGGGGCCUACAGCCCCAGACUGUCCCUUCCACUAGGAAGAUCUCCACCAUGACAGUGUGGGUUCAGGGCCCAGAGGGCCCCCGCCCACACUCCUUACCUAAGGGAACACCUGCCUUCUAUGAGUAAGAUUGAAGUUCUAGAACUUUCUUCCACACUGCUCCCUGUCCCCUGCCCAUUCAUCUGAGGAUUUUUGUCUGUGCUUUGGACUGGAAGGAUGUGGAAGGACCCUUAGCCUUCUUGGCCCUUCCCAUCUCACAUAUGCACCCCCACCCAACCGCGUACCCCAGAGCUCUGUCGGUAAUUUUAAUAAAUUGAUGCAGAAGGAAGAGGUGGUUGGAGGAUGGAGCAAACAAAUUCCAGGAGAAGGAAAUUUACCAAAGACCCUACAUGUUCGAUCUUGGAUGCCUUGUGCCUUAAUAAGCUCCCUUAUGAUUCCAGUGUUAAAUAAGUGAUGGCCAUCUCUCUGCUCCUCCUGGGAAGAGUUUCCUGCAGGGAAGGCCUGGUUGCCCACAGCCACCCCUUCAUCUGGCUCCCAAGCCCUCAUUGUUUCUAUCAGGUCUAGGGACAGUGAGCCUCUGGUGGGCAGAUAUGCGCCUUCUGCCCCACUCCUCUCCUGUUCAGCUAUCUUCCUGGCUCUUGGCUGGGCUACCCAGGGCUGUGGCCCUAUCCUGGAAAUGUCAGCUAUGGUCGGAUCUCAGGGGCCUGGCUUGGGGUCAUCCUUCAAGGUCAAAUUGUGCCCAGGCAACAAAGAAGUCUGUCUAGAGAAGGAUGCAGUUCUCCCCUAGGGCAGCAGGGAGAGAUGUUGCCCAUUCUAGCAACCAAGGGCCAGCUUGAGGCUACCCUGAGGUAGCAAAGCCCAGGGGAACCCCUCCUGUCCUUGUUAAACUGCUGGGGUGGGCAGGGUGCAGGGGCUGGGACAAUGGGCCGCUCUCCUUAGGGAACAAAUGCCAGCUCCACUCCUGUGUGUCUGUGACUCCUCGGAGCACCUCCAUGUUUCAUGAGAGACUUGUGAAAGUCUUAAAGGAUGAGCCUCAGCCUGCAGAAGACAGUCUCCACGCAAGAGCAGAAGAACCUUCCUCCCUGAACCCCACAGUGGGCUGAAACUAGGAAGCACUGGAGCAAGUUGGCAGCCAGGUGAGAGGUGAGGGCCGCCAUGUGCUGCCCAGCAAGGUGUAUGCCUUCUGGGAGCCAAGUUAUAUUGCCCCUGUACCCAUCCCUGGGCCACCUCUGGCUACCACAGGAGACAUGGUGCAGCACCCGCUGAGAAAUCCUGAAGGAGAAUGUGGGUACUUGGUGGAUGACAAGGGAAGGGCCGCUUCUCAGGGAUGCCAAGACCUGACACUGCCCAGGGGCAUAGGGCACCUGCCGUCACUUGGUCCUCUUCCCUCGGCAGGGCAGAGGCCUCAGCAAUAACCUCAGUGUCCUUAUGGUUAAGGCAGGGCUCCUUCAUGUACAGCUUGUGCCAUGCUCUCCUGUGCCACUGUGUGUCUCCAUGCCCUGUUUGCUGUGUCCAUCUGCCUGUCUUCUGCUUUUGCCUUCAUCUUCAGUCCCAGCUCUAGCUCCUCUGCCCCUGGUCUCUCAGGCCUCGGAAGGAAGACAUUCACCUGGGAGCUGGAAGGAAGGCAGCUGCCUCCAGGAACAGGGCUCAGCACACCAGGCAGAUGGUGAGAACCUGGCCUUAAUGGUGUCCCCUCUGUUCUUAU